UUCUUUUUGUCCGCUUCGACUACAUUGAUUUCUCUCUGCGCGCAAAGCCAAACGGUCUUGAGUUAUCGACCUCUUGUUCUCGCCUACGCCGCCAUGCGCAUUGGCCAGCUGUGAAGGGAAAUCAGCUGCCAGCGUAUCAGACUUAUGACACCUGUGUCUCUGCCUUUCAUCGGCGGGUUUCUGCACUCAAAACACGUAAAUUAAAGAGCGGUUGAGGAUCAAUGGGUUCGGUGUUUAGCACAAAAAAGUACAGCAAAGAAGAACUAGAAAUGGCGCUUAACAAGGUCAAGAGCAUCGUCUCUUCCACACCUGUCGUCGUUUUCAGUAAAACCUACUGUGGUUAUUGCAGGAGAGUAAAGGAUUUGUUCAAACAGCUAGGAGCUAGUUUCAUGGUUAUUGAACUGGAUGAAGAAAGGGAUGGAGAUGAACUUCAAUCAGCUCUAGCUGCAUGGACAGGACAGGGGACUGUGCCCAAUGUGUUCAUUGGGGGGAAACAUAUUGGUGGUUGUGACUCUGUUAUGGAGAAGCACCAUCGUGGUGAGCUUGUAACUCUUCUUACAAAUGCAGGUGCAGUCACUAUUAAUUCUGCUUAGAUGUGAAAAAAAAAUCUUGUUUAAUGAAGAAAUUGCUGUCAGGGAAACAAAGUCCUCUAGUAUACAAAAAAUAUAAGUGAAAUGUAGCCAAUAAAGACGGUGUGAUGAAAUGAUAAGGUGAUGUAGAGUCUUUUACAUGCUAUGUUCUGGGCUUUGUUCUAUGUUAAUGUCACAUUUCGUCGGGUCGUUAUGCUUAAUAUAAGUUUGCAUUACUUUUGUUA